AUCAGCUGCGGAACGCAAGUGAAAAAUUUCGGAUUCUAAAAAUUUGCAUUCAUCAUCAUCUAGCAGUGGCUUCAAUCGAUGAAAAUAUCAUAAUCGGAUUCGUGGCAAAAUUCGGUAGUGUUUGCUGAUACUAUCCAGUAAGUGCGGAAUCGGAAUGCUAGCUUUAGGCGGAUCGAAACCCUAGGAAAAUAUGUCGUGCGAAGUGAAAUUGCUGUCCAGUGUGGACGAUUUGCGGGAGGUUCAGGAACAAUUCGGAUUGAGCUCGGAGGAAAACUGGCUGAAUGCCGUGUGCCACUCGUUAUCACCGGCCGGGGAUAUCCUGGCCUUCGGCCACGGAUCAAUCCUGACGGUGCUGAGCUCCAAGUGGGAUCGUUCCCGGCAGCUGUACGUGUACCGGGCGGCCUGGAAGGGUGCCAUCGAAGAUCCGAACUGUCUGAUUACGGCCGUGCUGUGUCUACCGAUUGUAGGUCAGGGUGCUAGUAGUGCUACAAGUGUUGAUUUCAGCUAUACCUGUGUGGGAUUGGACAGUGGCCGGGUGUUGUUUUAUGGGGAAAAUGGAACGUUGAUUGCGUCCCAGUUGUUCCACCAGGAACCGGUUCAGGCGAUCAAGGCCCAAAGUGGAAAACAUAUCAACGAGGAGGUGUAUGUGUUCUAUGCUUCAUGUGUGGUGAUCAUUCAGGGAUCGCAGCUGUUCCCGUUUUUGAGGAGUCUGAGGCAGCAGAUUGGGCGGUAUGGGAUUGGGAGUCCUCGGGUCAAUGAGACCAUGGAGUCGAUUGUGUGUCGCAAGUGGAGUUAUGGGAAAAGUAUGACGGUGCAGGAUGGGGUAGUGGUGGGUCCUCAGAAGACGUGUACCUUCGAUCAUCUGUUGACGGCCAGCUUGGAGGGGGGAUUCUUUGCCAAGUACAGGCAUGCACCGCCGCAGAACUCGUUGAUCGUGGCGGCGGGAAUCAAACCUUAUAUUGGGUUCCAUUACGCUAAGGAAGGAUUUUCGCAGCCUGUCUUGGCCGAUGUUGCUCGAGCAGUUGCCAGCAAAAUUAAAUCAGCAUUACCAUCAUGGUUCGGUGGUUCUUCGGCACCCCAAACCAUUCCGGAACCUCAGCUGCCGCCAUCGGAACCGUUGAUUUGUCGGUUUGGGCUUUGUGAUCUACAGAGAAGUGCCUUCAACGUUUGGCUAGCGCCAGACUUCAAACAGGCGGCUGUGUCCGAUAAUCUGGGUCGGGUGAUCCUGGUGGAUUGUGUUAGGGGAAUUGCGACCCGAAUCUGGAAGGGUUAUCGGGAUGCUCAGUGUGGUUUUGUGGAAGUUCAUGAAAAGCUGCCGAAAGAUUCGACUGUGAAGCAAGAUCGUCGAAAGGCGAUAUUCUUGGUUAUCUAUGCCCCGAGGAAAGCAGUGCUUGAAGUUUGGGCGUUGCAAAACGGUCCUAAGGUGGCCGCCUUUACGGCUUCUAAGAACGGACAGCUGAUCUACAAUACCCACAGUUUCAUGGGAGUCAGUACAGCCAACAGCAAGCUAAAGUAUAGUAGUCAGUGUUGUACAUUCUUCGACCCCACUGAUAGUUCUUUGAAGGAGAUCAACAUUCCGUUCCAUUGUGCGUUGAACGAUGCAAAGUCUAAUACAGCAAAAGACCUUCAUCUGUUAAAGAGACUGAAGGUGUGUUUGAAAACUGGUGAAGGAAGUGAGGCCGAAGAGUUGCAAGAAAUGAUGGAAAUGUGUAGAAGUUUCGAAACGGAAGAAAUCAAGCGACAGUGCGUGGAAAUGUUGGCGCGACAUAAAAAGAUCAAGCCGCAUUUGUUCUGUUGUGCUAUCGAGGUAUUUGGAAGAUUUGACGAAGAAGUUGAAGACCUGGACAUCAGUGACAAACGCGAUCAUCUUCGGAUUGUUUGUGAAAACUAUAGAAAGUUGACUAUGUUUUAUCUUUAUUUGAUAGGGGAUUCAAGUUCUGUGGUUGAAAACAUCCAAUCCGAGAUAGAAUGCUCUGAGCAAGAGGUGGUUGAAAGUGAUCCUCAAGAGUUUGAUGAUCAAACGAAUAAUCAAGAUGCUGAACCUAAGCCCGAUUCCGUUGAAAGCAAUCCAAAAGAAAUACCACCGGGAACCAAAAGCAAGUUCAUCGAUGAGAAUGUCAAACUUUCGGAAAUUGAACUGGCCUCAAUCGGCAAACUUAUCGAACUAUUAGGAAUGAAUGCAUCAGACGACAGUCCAUCGUCUACUCGGGUCACCUUCGAAGCGUCCACCGCUAAGAACAACAACUUCCAGGAGUAUUUGUCGUACUUCAAUGUUUCCAACGAUGAUUUGAUCCUACUGAAAGAUGAUUCUUGUAGUCUGUACAGUUCCCUCAGUAGGAUCAUCUAUGAGGAACUCUACCAGGGCAAACAUGUACGACUAGAUGGAUUUGUUGAAGCUGCUAAAAACUCCGGUAUGAUGCAGGAAGAUUUGUUCAAACUGUUCCUAGCUUUCUGGUUGCGAUUACCCUUCGAGUACAGAGACAUUGCUGAACUGAUCGAGGAUUUGAACAGAUUCAGUAAAAUUCUUAGGCGAAUUUGCCUUCUUUCUGAAGAUAAGAUCCAUUUCGAGAACAACACUAUUUGUUUAUGGUGGCAAAAUGCUAGAGAAUAUCUACUGGAAUCGCCGUGUGCCCUUCGAGGUCUUCUAGCGGCUAUCAUGUGCCGUAAUGAAGCCCUCAAGUAUGAAGAUAACAGCGACGCCGAAGACUAUCAGUUUGAGGAAGUCUCACAGGAAGCCUGCCAGUGGACACUACUGAUCGGUAAACUUGAUGACGUAGCAGUCCUCGGAACGAUUCUUGCAGACUGCCUUAAGUGCUCUCAGGUGAAAUACCCUUGUCUAAAAUAUCAAAAACCGGACGUAAGUCUCAAAGAGAUUCUUCGUGGAGGUCAAGGGAUCGUUGCUGAAAUGGUGGCAAAAUGGAUUGGCGCCAGUGGAAUUGAUCCUGAAAAGUUAGUGAUCGAGGUCCCCGAGGAAGCUACUGAAAAUGAACAAGCCGGAGUAGUAGCACCCGAAACUAGCGAAAGAAAAGAGAAGAAACGAAUCCAGCUGAUCAAGCAAGAUCUUCUGCAAACCAGCGAGUACGGUGGCAGCAGCGAAUCCGAGCUUGAUCCCGUCCUCUACAACCUCAACAUCCUUCGAAGACAUUUCCCCUUCAGUCUGGACAGCGGAACGCUCCUGUGUCACCUUGCCUGGGAAUACAUUUGCAACUGGAGUAAGAACAUGUCCAACAUCGACUGCCUUUCGGCUGGCCUCGCUUGCCUCAAAGCCAUCCCCCGGCUACAGUAUUCAAUGAAACACGGACUGUGCUGCAUGAUAUGGAACGCCCACCUCAAAAUACCCCUGGAAGCCACGAAAAAGCUUGUCAACAAAGUAGGAAGACUUCCGAAAGAAAAACUCUGUCUACAGGACAUUGGAAUCUCCGAUGCCCUCGUCACCCAAUUCCUCGAAAACUGCCUCGAGUUUCUCGAUCACUUCUCCGGUUCCAUUGAUCACGAUAAACUGGAAUUGAGGUUCGAAGAACUUCUCCAGGUCGGUCCGAUUCCCCUGACAUCCCUCGCCGUCCAGCAGAACUCGGCCAACAUGGCCUUGCUCAAGUUACAUCACGAGCUAACCACCACGCUGCUAAUUCUAACUUCCUUCAACGUCAAGUACCAGAAACCGAUCCAACAGUUCUUCGACGGAAUGGCCAAUCAGUCAUUCUUCGCCGAAAUAAAUCGGCAACUGGCCUACCAGCUGCCCAAGGCCGAUCUAUUGCUCAAGCGGGUGAGGUUUGAGUUUCUGUGCAAGACUAUUACCGCCACCAUGGAUCUGAUACGGGAAGAUUUGGAGAACGUUUUCUACACCGAUCACAUCGCCUGGAUGGGGCGGCUGGAGCAGUUGGCUGUCGUGUGGGAGAUAAGCGUCACGGAGCUGACCAAGCAUCAGCCACAGAAAGCGUACUAUGUAUGCUGUGACCGGAAUUCGAUCUCAUGA